AUGUCAUCCCCUUACACCGUCGUAGCUACCGACAAGGCUCCAGCAGCUAUCGGACCAUAUGUACAAGCCGUCAAAUACAAUGGUCUCAUCUACGCUUCUGGUGCUAUCCCCUUGGAUCCAGUCAGUAUGACAGUCGUAGAAGGUGGUAUUGAGGAGCAGACUACCCAAGUAUUCAAGAACGUCUCCAACGUCUUAUCCGCAUCCAACUCUUCCCCCGCCCAAGUCCUCAAAACCACCUGUUUCCUCAAAUCAAUGGACGAUUUCGUCGCUUUCAACAAGAUUUACGCAGAGUUCUUCGGUGAGACUAAACCUGCUAGAUCGUGUGUCGAGGUAGCUAGAUUGCCUAAGGACGUCUUGGUAGAGGUUGAAUUCGUAGCUGUCGAGGGAAAGUAA